CUUGGGUGCUCACCCACUUUCGUGUGGGCUUGUUCUUGCUCCUGAUCGAUGAGGGUUUCUUUGCUUUUUGAAUGAAUGUUUACUUAAGUGAGGAACAUUUUUUCCGUGCUCCACGCUUCUUCUUUUCUUUUAAUGAGCAAUAGAGAGACAAGGUAGGAGGGGCUGGGCUCAGAAGUGUGUCUCACUCUUUCACACACUCUCGCUCUCUCUCUCUCUCUCUCUUCCAUUCUGUCAUUGCCAUCCCAGCAGAGUGAGGACUGUUCAUUACUAGCCACGCUGAAUAUAGCGAGGAAACUUUUGACUCACUAAGAAUACCUUUUCUCAGAGGACUAUCCUUUUUUUUUCUUCACAAAACCGAAGGAUCUGCUACAGAACUGCACACAAAGUAAGAUUACAGCCAUACUCUUCCUUUAUUUUCUUACUGGACUGAGGAACGUGACAGCCGGUCUCGUCACUGAAUUCCUUUACACACCUUCGGGUGCCUUUUCCAUCUGACUUGGAUGUUGUUUACUUUAAUUUAGCUUUAAAAAGUUUCCAAACAUUAGACAAAAUGGUUGCUGGAAUGCUGAUGCCAAUGCGGGACCUGAAGGCCAUCUAUGAAGUUCUGUUUCGUGAUGGAGUCAUGGUGGCCAAGAAGGACAAGCGACCCCAGACAAGACACCCUGAGGUACAAAGCGUGAAGAAUCUUCAAGUAAUCCGUGCCAUGGGAUCGCUUAAGUCCAGGGGCUUUGUAAAGGAAACCUUUGCCUGGCGACACUUCUACUGGUAUCUUACCAAUGAGGGCAUCACCUAUCUCCGCGAAUACCUCCACCUUCCACCUGAGAUCGUCCCUUCAUCUUUGCAGAGGGUCCGAAAACCAGCAGCAACCCUGGCUAUUUCCCGUGCCGCUAAGGUCCAACAAGUUGAAGGUCCAACUUCUUAUGUUCCGAAGCCUGGUCGCAGAUUUGAAGCUGAGAGUCAGGAGGCUAUGGCUGAGCGCCAAAGCUACCGCCAUAGGAUGAUGGGAUCCAGAGAAAAAGAAAGCUUUACUGAUAGGACUCCGCGGUUCAGAGGGCGUCCGCUUGUUGCAGAACCUGUCAAGCCCAAAGCAUCAUGGGAGAUGGAUCAACAGGCUCAAGUUAAUAGUGGGGGCAGCUUGAGAAGUGAGCCAGUAAUGAUAGAGGAGAGUAGAGUGAGAUCCAGCCAGUACAUGGACUGGAGCAGUGAGAAAGUUGCUGCUCCGUCACAGGAUAGAGCUGCGUUUGAAAGUAAAUGGCAAAAGGCUCCAAAUGUUGUCAGUAAUCCAAAUGCAGCCUUAAGUCAAGAGUUGUCAAAAACUUCUCAGACAUCAGUGAAAUCGAAUCCACCACCUACAACAACCAUGCAGGCUUUCGCUGAGAUUAGAAGUGCUCCGACAUCAACGAUUGUCACUGAGUCAUCUGCCCUGAAGACAAAUAAAGAGAAGACUAAAAGUGUCACUGAAAAAACUCCCAUCAUACCUUCAGUUAUUUCCUCAACUGCUACAGCUGUAAUGGAAGACAAGAAGGAAACAAAUCAGGUUAAAUCUGAACUGAAUAUUGUCCCAACUGAAUUUGCUGCUUCGGAUGUCAAGUCCAGCGUUGUGACUGCCAAAGUUAAAAAAUCCACCAGCACUGUCACAACCACCCAAGUCAUCACAAAAACAGUCAUUAAAGAGGUGACCAGAGGCAAAGUGGCGGUUGAGGAGCCUGUCGUAUUGAACGAGGUUAAAGUCAAUUCCAACAUGCCAGCCAAAAAAGCCAAGGCAGCUGCUAUUCCAGAAAUACCUGCCAAAGAAGAAGCUUUUAAGGGAACAAAACACAGCCAGGAAUUGAAUGAUCCUCAAAUUUUGAAAAUGUCCAAAGGGCCCAAAAUUCAAGCCGUCGCUGAUCAAACACCAGACAAGGAUCCGACUAAAGCAAAAGGUCCACUGAAGGCUACUGCAGAGGUUCAUCACAUUGUCAAAACUCAAGCCGGUCUUCUAGAACAGUCAGAACUUCCGAGAGAUCCUCAGGAGAUGUCCCAGACAGUUGAGGUUAAAACAAUUACUACGACAAAAAAAUCACCACCAUUGACCAGCAAAAGAGAUUCAAAACUUUCCAUGGUGGAAACUGCUGUUACGGAGGCUUCUGGAAAAGAGACGACGGGCGUCAAAGCAAAACCCCCAAAGGAGAAUAAAACACCUGAGGUCACACCUGAAUUAUCUGUGCAAGUUGACACCACUUCAGUUCCAGUGCUGGAACAAAGUGCCGUGUCCACCGAUGUCCUUGUGGAGAAGCAACAAGCGGCUGAAGGAAACUCAAAAUCAAAACGGAAGAAAAAGAAAUCUCCAGCCGAGAAGACCAAAGUGCCAAGUGGUGAGGGCACACCAAUGGUUGAAGAUGAAGACACCAUUAAAGCAGCGACGGUUGUGGAGUUAGAUAAAUCAAGUGUCCAAUCAACCCUCUUGAGUACUUCAAAGGCAUCUGUAUCAGGUAACAAAACAAUAAAGGACGGCGCUACCAAAGAAAAGACAGAGGGUAAAAUCAAAGCUGAAAAACUGGAAAAUGAGAAGGCAUCGCCUCCUUCAGCUCACAUCUCUCCAGCGCCCCCAGCUGAUGCUGCAAUUGAUGCAGUUAAAGACAAGGGUAAGAACCACAUUGUCAGCACAGUCACACAGGAGAGCAAAUGCCCAAAACCUGACUCACCUCGCAUGGAGAUGGAGAAAUCUGAGGAAGUGACUAAAGUGGAAACUGUGACUGAAGUGAAGCUGGUAAAAGACAUCCCCAAAGUUGAGACUUCUGCACCACAGACCAAAGAAACAGCAACCAAAAACAUGUCUGAUUCAAAUGAAGACAGUCAGCAGACAGAGGACUCUUCAAAGGCAAAGAAGGAGGCUAAAGCUAAAACAUUUUCUCAGGUGAUUUUAACAGAGGGAGAAGUAUCAACAUCUACUAGUGUGACAUCAUCACCCGGGGACUUGGUUAAAGACCCCUCUGUCGUGGCCUCAGAAAAGGCUCAAAUGAAUGUUUCUCCCAAGAUGACUCUUGGAAAAAUGAGCGGUGAGGAAACGGAGCAGGCAGCAGCUGUGCUCUCUGAGGCCCCAGCAGACAAAGGGGAGGUGGAGCCAGCAGUGCAGAUUGUUGAAAAAGUCGAGCAGGAGGUUCCAAAGACAAAAACUUCCACCACUGUGAGGGAAGCACCCAAAGCCAGAGAGUUAGCAGCACCAGUGGUAACAGCCAAGGCAGCUGCGGCUCCAGCUCAGGCCAGCCCCCUUGUCAGCAGAGAGGAGCCUCCCAGUGUUGCACAACACUCGGCUGCUCAGACAGCAGAGUGCAGCACCGAGGAAAGCCGCUCUGUCUCUUUGCCCUUAAAGCGAGAGGAAGAGAAGAAGAGCGACUCGGGAGAGGACACACCCUCUGCCACAACCACUCCUGCAACUACCCAGUCUCACCUGGGGGACACCUGCGAGCUUGCAAGUAGUGAAACUGACGAGACUGCAAUGAAGAGGAAAAUUGUGGUGGUAGAGGAGAUCAUCGAGGUGAAGCAGGUCCUCAGUCCUGAGGCUGCAGGUCAAGCGACACCUCCACAAGUUCUGCCAGUUGACGAUGAUGAAGAUGAGGUGGACCUGGAUGUUUUGGAGGCGAUUGCUGAGGAGAGAGCACGAUUGUUAGCAGCAUCAGAACCCACUCAGGUGUAUGGCGCACCUCCACCUGCUGCAAACUGGGACCAUUCACUGGAAGAGCCAGAAGAGAAGACAUGGCCUAACUUCAUAGAAGAUGAGCGUGACCGAGUACAGAAGAAGACCUUCACAAAAUGGGUGAACAAACACUUGAUUAAGUCACAGCGUCACGUAUCAGACCUGUACGAAGACCUCCGUGAUGGACAUAACCUGAUCUCCUUGUUGGAGGUCCUCUCUGGGGAGACACUGCCCAGAGAAAAAGGACGCAUGAGAUUCCACAAACUCCAGAAUGUACAGAUAGCACUGGACUUCCUCAGACAUCGGCAGGUCAAGCUGGUCAACAUCCGAAAUGAUGACAUUGCAGACGGGAACCCCAAACUCACCCUGGGGUUAAUAUGGACCAUUAUCCUCCACUUCCAGGUCUCCUCCUCUAUCUCAGACAUUCAGGUCAACGGUCAGUCGGAGGACAUGACGGCGAAGGAGAAGCUGCUGCUGUGGUCCCAGAGAAUGACUGAUGGUUACCAAGGCGUCCGCUGCGACAACUUCAGCACCAGCUGGAGGGAUGGCAAACUCUUCAACGCCGUCAUCCACAAGCACUAUCCGAGACUCAUCGACAUGGGCAGAGUGUAUCAGCAGAGCAACUUGGAGAACCUGGAGCAGGCCUUCAAUGUGGCCGAGAGAGACCUGGGUGUGACUCGUCUGCUGGACCCGGAAGACGUGGAUGUUCCUCAUCCUGAUGAGAAGUCCAUCAUCACAUACGUGUCAUCCCUGUACGACGUGAUGCCUCGGGCUGAUGUUCCUGACGGCGGCAGAGCUAGUGAACUUGAGCUGCGCUGGCAGGAGUACUACGAGCUGGUGACCAUUCUUCUGCAGUGGAUCCGCCAGCAUGUCAUGAUCUUCGAGGAGAGAAAGUUCCCCAGCAGUUACGAGGAGAUCGAGAUUCUGUGGCGUCAGUUCUUGAAGUUUAAAGAGACCGAUCUUCCUGUGAAAGAGUCGGACAAGAGCCGGUCCAAGCACAUCUACCAGUCUUUUGAGAGUGCCGUUCAUGCCGGUCAGGUCAAAGUCCCUCCGGGCUACCAUCCCAUCGAUGUGGAGAAAGAAUGGGGGCGGCUUCAUGUGGCCAUCUUGGAGAGGGAGCGGCUGCUGAGGAUAGAGUUUGAAAGACUUGAGAGGCUACAGAGGAUCUUCAACAAAGUCCAGAUGGAGUCUGGGAGGUACGGCAAUCAACUGGACCACCUGGAAGCUCUGCUGCAGACCGACAUUCGUCUGAUAAAUGCAGGCAAACCAGCACAACACACCGCAGAAAUUCAGAGCGAACUGGACAAGGCUGACAACGUGAUCCGCCUGCUCUUCAAUGAUGUUCAGGUGCUUAAAGAUGGGCGCCACCCUCAGGCUGAUCCGAUGUACCGCAGGGUCUUCAGCCUCCAUGAGCGCCUUGUGAACCUCCGAAGCGAUUACAACCUCGGUCUGAAGUCCAGCGUAGCCAUCGCUCAAGCCCAUCAAAUGGGCUCUCAACAGAGGCCCAGCUCAAAGUCAAGGCCUGAGAUGGACGACGUGACCCUGCGCUACGUUCAGGACCUGCUGGCCUGGGUGGAGGAGAACCAACAUCGCAUCGAUGAAGCCGAGUGGGGCUCCGACCUGCCGUCCGUGGAGUCUCAUCUUGGCAGCCACCGAGGCCUUCACCAGACUGUGGAAGACUUCAAAUCCAAGAUUGAGCGCGCCAAGGCCGACGAGAGUCAACUCUCACCUGUAAGCAAAGACAAAUACAGAGAUUAUCUGGGGAAACUGGACCUUCAGUAUGGCAAACUGCUGACAUCCUCCAAGUCUCGUCUGAGAAACUUGGAUUCACUCUAUGCAUUUGUCAACGCUGCCACCAAAGAGCUGAUGUGGCUAAACGACAAAGAAGAGGAGGAGGUCAACUACGACUGGAGUGACAGGAACCACAACAUGGCCGCCAAAAAGGACAACCAUUCAAGUCUAAUGCGAGAGCUGGAACUGAGGGAGAAGAAGAUCAAUGACAUUCAGUCCAUGGGAGACAAACUUGUGAGGGACGGACAUCCUGGCAAGAAGACAGUGGAGGACUUCACAGCUGCACUGCAGACUCAGUGGAGCUGGAUUCUCCAGCUGUGCUGCUGCAUCGAAGCUCAUCUCAAAGAAAACACCGCCUAUUACAAGUUCUUCUCUGACGUGAAAGAGGUUCAGGACAAGAUGAAGAAGAUGCAGGAGAACAUGGUGAAGAAAUAUAGCUGUGAUCGUUCGACGACAGCCACGCGCCUGGAGGACCUGCUGCAGGACGCCCCGGAGGAGAAAGAACAGAUGAAUGAGCUAAAGAGCCAAGUUUCUAACCUCAACAAGAGGGCUCGGUCCAUCAUCCAGCUGAAACCACGAAACCCAACCACGGCCAUUAAAGGCAAACUGCCAGUUCAGGCGGUCUGUGAUUUCAAACAGCAGGAGAUCACCGUCCACAAAGGCGACGAGUGCACACUGGUCAACAACUCCCAGCCUGACAAGUGGAAGGUUCGGAACCACUCUGGAAACGAGGCCAUGGUCCCGUCCGUCUGCUUCAUCGUUCCACCUGUCAAUAAGGAGGCAAUGGACAGUGUUUCCAGCCUGGAUUCAGCUCAACAGAGCAUGGUGACGAUGUGGCAAGUGCUGCACAUCGACAUGAAGAGCAUGCUGUCUUGGCAGUACCUGAUGAGAGACUUCACCCAGAUUAAUUCCUGGAACGUCACAACGCUGAAAAGCAUGAAGCCAGACGAAUACAAUUUAGUCAUGAGGAACCUGGGGCUCCACUACGAGGCCUUCAUGCGUGACUGCAAGGACUCGCAGCUCUUCGGCACUGACGACCGUAAGCAGGUGGAGGACGACUACCGCAAAGCCACCAAGAAUUUCAAGGAACUUCUGCACUCCAUGGAGAAAGGACAGCAGGAUGACACUCUGUGCAAGAACUACACCUCCGACCUCAAGGAUCUCCGCCUGCGCAUCGAGGACUGUGAAUUCGGAACUGUGGCUCGCAUACGCCAGCCGGUGGAAGCAGAACCUCUGAAAGAUUGUAUUCAGAAGACUGUGGAUCAGAAGAAAGUCCAAGUUCAGCUCGAUGGUCUGAAAAGAGAUCUGGACGAGGUGUCUACAAAGGCCCAAACCAUUUUGAAAUCUCCGCAACAGCCGGCCUCUGCUCCUGUCCUGCGCUCAGAACUGGAACUCACUGUGCAGAAGAUGGACCAUGCUCACAACCUCUCCUCCAUUUAUCUUGAGAAGCUGAAGACUGUAGAAAUGGUCAUCCGAAACACACAGGGUGCAGAGGGAGUUCUCAAGCAGUAUGAAGACUGUCUGCGUGAGGUUCACACUGUGCCCAGUGACAUAAAGGAGGUGGAGUCCUACCGUGCCAAGCUGAAGAAAAUGCGAGCCGAGGCUGAGGCUGAGCAGCCAGUGUUCGAUUCCCUCGACGAAGAGCUGAACAAGGCUUCCGCUGUGAGCAGCAAGAUGAGCCGCGUGCACAGCGAGCGCGACGUGGAGCUGGACCACUACCGCCAGCUGCUGUCCGGCCUCCAAGACCGCUGGAAGGCCGUGUUCACCCAGAUCGACCUUCGCCAGAGGGAGCUGGAGCAGCUCGGCCGACAGCUCGGUUACUACCGCGAGAGCUACGACUACCUCAUCCGCUGGAUUGAGGACGCCAAAAAGAGACAGGAGAAGAUCCAGGCAGUGACCAUCACCGACACCAAGACUCUGAAGGAACAGCUGGCCCAGGAGAAGAAAUUGCUGGAAGAAAUCGAGAAUAACAAAGACAAUGUGGACGAGUGUCAGAAAUAUGCCAAAGCCUACAUCGAUACAAUCAAGGAUUACGAACUCCAGUUGGUGGCGUACAAAGCACAGGUGGAGCCAAUGACGUCUCCCUUAAAGAAAACAAAACUGGACUCUGCGUCUGAUAACAUCAUUCAGGAGUAUGUAACACUCAGGACCCGCUACAGCGAGCUAAUGACUCUGACCAGUCAGUACAUCAAGUUCAUCACCGACACGCAGCGCCGCAUUGAGGACGAGGAGAAAGCUGCAGAGAAAAUCAAAGAGGAAGAUCAGAAAAAAAUGGCUGAGAUGCAGGCUGAGUUAGACAAGCAGAAACGGUUAGCUGAAGCUCACGCCAAGGCAAUUGCUAAAGCAGAACAAGAGGCUGAAGAGCUGAAGCUCAAAAUGCAGGAAGAAGUGAGCAAGAGAGAAGUGGCUGCUGUAGAUGCCGAAAAGCAAAAGCAAAACAUCCAGCUGCAAUUUAAUGAGCUCAAAGGCCUUUCAGAGCAGCAGAUCAAGGACAAGAGUCAGCAGGUGGAGGAUGCUCUUCAAAGUCGCGUGAAGAUAGAAGAGGAAAUCAACCUCAUCAGGAUCCAGCUGGAGACCACCAUUAAGCAAAAAUCCAUGGCAGAAUCGGAGCUUGUGCAACUUCGCGAGAGGGCAGUCGAAGCCGAUAAACUCCGGAAGGCUGCGCAGGAAGAAGCCGAAAAGCUUCGAAGACAGGUUCAUGAGGAGACUCAGAAAAAACAUCUGGCAGAGGAGGAACUGAAGAUAAAAUCAGAGGCAGAAAGGGAAGCUGCAAAGCAAAAACAAAAAGCCAUGGAGGACCUUGAGAAGUUGAAGAUGCAAGCCGAGGAAGCUGAGAGGCAAGUGCGGCAGGCAGAGUUUGAAAAGGAAAGGCAAAUCUUGGUGGCGCAGGAGGCUGCCCAGAAGAGCGCUGCUGCCCAGCUCAAGAGUGAACACGCGUCCUUUGAAGAAAAGACCUCAAAGCUGGAAGAGUCUCUGAAACAAGAACAUGGAACUGUCCUUCAGCUGCAACAAGAAGCCGCCCGUCUGAAGAAACAACAGGAAGAGGCUGAACUUGCCAGGGAAGAUGCCGAGAAGGAGCUUGAGAAGUGGAGACAGAAAGCCAACGAGGCUCUCCGUCUCAGACUCCAGGCUGAGGAAGAAGCUCACCAUAAAAGUCUCGCCCAAGAAGAAGCGGAAAAACAAAAGGACGAGGCUGAACGCGAGGCUAAGAAGAGAACCAAAGCUGAAGAGUCGGCACUGAAACAGAAAGAGAUGGCUGAGGAAGAGCUUGAGCGGCAGAGGAAGUUAGCUGACAGCACAGCUCAACAGAAACUUACAGCAGAACAGGAGCUGAUCCGUCUCAGGGCGGAGUUUGAAAACGCUGACGAGCAGAGAACCGUUCUAGAAGAAGAACUCUACCGCCUGAAGAACGAGGUCGUCGCCGCGCAACAACAACGGAAGCAGCUGGAGGACGAGCUCGCAAGAGUCCGAAGCGAAAUGGAUGUUCUCAUUCAGAUGAAGACCAAAGCCGAAAAGGAGACCAUGUCGAACACAGAGAGAAGCAAACAACUCCUUGAGGAAGAAGCUUCCAAAAUGAGGGACCUUGCAGAUGAAGCGAGCCGGCUGAGAGCCAUCGCAGAAGAAGCCAAGCACCAAAGACAGGUCGCUGAAGAUGAAGCAGCCCGACAGAGAGCAGAGGCUGAGAGGAUCCUCAAGGAGAAACUGGCUGCCAUCAGUGAUGCCACCCGUUUAAAAACGGAGGCUGAAAUUGCUCUCAAAGAGAAGGAGGCUGAGAACGAGCGCCUGCGUAGGCAAGCUGAAGAUGAGGCGUACCAGAGGAAAGCUCUUGAAGACCAGGCCAAUCAGCACAAGCAGGAGAUCGAGGAAAAGAUUGUUCAACUCAAGAAAUCAUCCGAGGUAGAGAUGGAACGCCAGAAGGCCAUUGUGGAUGACACUCUCAAGCAGAGGCGCGUGGUCGAAGAAGAAAUCCGAAUCCUCAAGAUCAACUUCGAAAAGGCUUCAUCAGGAAAACUUGACCUUGAGUUAGAACUGAACAAGCUGAAAAACAUCGCAGAAGAAACGGAAAAAAGCAAACUUCAAGCUGAGGAGGAGGCCGAAAAGCUGCGGAAACUGGCCUUGGAAGAGGAGAAGAGACGGAGGGAAGCAGAGGAGAAGGUUAAGAUCAUAGCAGCAGCGGAGGAAGAAGCCGCUCGACAGCGUAAGGCAGCCCAGGAUGAACUUGAGCGUCUGAAAAAGAAAGCUGAAGAGGCCAGACUGCAGAUAGAAGAGGCUGACAAGGAAGCGGAAAAACACAUUGUUGCCGCUCAACAGGCCGCUCUGAAAUGCAGCGCAGCUGAGCAGCAAGCCCAAAAUGUCCUAGCUCAACAGAAAGAAGAUAGCAUCACGCAGAACAAGCUCAAAGAAGAGUAUGAAAAAGCCAAGAAACUUGCAAAGGAAGCCGAGGCUGCUAAGGAGAAGGCUGAAAGAGAGGCAGACCUUCUUCGCCAGCAAGCAGAGGAAGCUGAACGCCAGAAAGCUGCUGCUGAGUUAGAGGCCGCGAAACAAGCCAAAGCUCAAGAAGACGCCGAGAGCCAGCGCAAGGAGGCUGAAUUCGAAGCAGCCAAACGGGCCCAAGCCGAGUCUGCAGCCCUCAAACAGAAGCAACAAGCCGAUGCUGAAAUGGCCAAGCACAAAAAACUGGCUGAGCAGACGUUAAAACAGAAGUUUCAAGUGGAGCAGGAGCUGACAAAGGUGAAACUCCAGCUGGAAGAGACCGAUACUCAGAAAGAACUCCUUGAUGGUGAACUCCAGCGUCUCAAGGCCGAGGUGGAUGAUGCCGUUCGCCAAAAGAACCAGGUGGAGGAGGAGCUUUUCAAGGUGAAGGUCCAGAUGGAAGAGCUGCUGAAGCUGAAACUCCGAAUUGAGGAAGAGAACCAGCGGCUUAUUAAGAAGGACAAAGAUAACACCCAGAAGUUCCUGGAAGAGGAAGCUGAAAAUAUGAAGCGGCUAGCUGAGGAGGCUGCCAGACUGAGCGUUGAAGCCCAAGAGGCGGCCCGUCUGAGACAGAUUGCAGAAGACGACCUCAACCAUCAGCGGGCUCUUGCAGAGAAAAUGCUCAAAGAGAAAAUGCAGGCUAUUCAAGAGGCCUCCAAAUUCAGAGCUGAGGCAGAGAUGCUGCAAAAACAGAAGGACUUGGCUCAGGAGCAGGCGCAAAAGCUUCUGGAGGAUAAGCAAAUGAUGCAGCAGCGCUUGGAUGAGGAAACCGAAGAAUACCAGAAGUCCCUCGAAGCAGAGAGGAGGAGGCAAUUGGAGAUCAUAGCUGAGGCCGAAAAGCUAAAACUUCAAGUUUCGCAGCUGAGCCAAGCGCAAGCCAAAGCUGAGGAAGCGGCCAAGAAAUUUAAGGAGCAGGCCGACACCAUCGCCACCCGCCUUCAUGAGACCGAAGUGGCCACAAAGGAAAAAAUAACUGCAUUCAAGCAACUUGAAGUGGAGAAAAUCAAUAACGGCAAAGAGGCCGAUGAUUUACGCAAAGCUAUUGCAGACCUAGAGAAGGAGAAGGCUAGGCUGAAAAGGGAGGCGGAAGACCUUCAGAAUAAGUCAAAAGAGAUGGCUGAUGCACAGCAGAAACAAAUUGAGCACGAGAAGACAGUGCUGCAGCAGGCAUUCCUUUCAGAAAAGGAGAUGCUUUUGAAAAAGGAGAAGCUCAUCGAAGACGAGAAAAAGCGGCUUGAAAGCCAGUUCGAAGAGGAAGUCCGCAAGGCCCAAGCCCUCAAAGAUGAACAGGAGAGGCAGAAACAACAGAUGGAAGAUGAGAAAAAGAAACUCCAGGCCACAAUGGAUGCAGCCCUCAACAAGCAGAAACAGGCAGAAAUGGAUAUGCUGAACAAGGAAAAAGAAAUGCAGGAGCUGGAAAGAUUGAGGCUCGAGCAGGAAAAGAAACUUGCAGAGGAAAACCAGAAACUGCGGGAGAAACUCCAGGAGCUCGAGACAACGCAAACUGAGAGAAGCUUUACACAAGUGACUUUAGUUGAAACAAAAGCUGUGAUGAAUGGCCAAAGUGCUGUUGACGGCGAAAUGAAACCCGAUCCUUUGUCCUUUGAUGGUAUUCGGGAGAAGGUCCCGGCUAGCAGGCUUCAUGAACUUGGAGUCUUACCCAAGAAAGACUUCGACAUGCUGAAAAACGGGAAAACAACUGUCCAAGAGCUUGGGAAGAUGGAAAAUCUGAAAACCGUACUUAAAGGGAAGCCUGGCAUCGCUGGUGUUUUGACUCCAUCUGACGAACAACUCUCCAUCUAUCAAGCACUGAAGGAGAAGAAAAUUACACCAGGCACCGCUAUGAUCCUUCUAGAAGCUCAGGCAGCCACUGGUUACAUUUUAGAUCCUGUUAAAAAUGAAAAACUGACCGUUAAUGAGGCUGUCAAGAAUGAUGUUAUCGGACCAGAGCUGCACAACAAAAUGCUGUCAGCCGAGAGAGCAGUUACUGGAUACAAAGAUCCAUACACAGGUGGGAAGAUAUCUGUCUUCGAAGCCAUGAAGAAGGGUUUGAUCGAGCAAGAUCAUGCUAUUAGAAUUCUCGAGGCUCAGCUUGCGACUGGAGGCAUUGUUGACCCUGUCAACAGUCACAGAAUAUCCAACGAAGUCGCGUGCAAACAAGGACAGUACGACUCAGAAAUGAACAAAAUGAUGCAGAACCCAACAGACGACACAAAGGGUUACUUUGAUCCCAGCACCCAGGAACCCCUGACCUAUUCCGAGCUAAUGACCCGGUGCACCGCCGACCCUGACACCGGCCUCCUUAUCUUGCCAAUCACCGACAAAGCUGCACACUGCUCGAGCAUAUACACAGAAGAGGAGACCAAGGACGUUUUCAGCAAAACAUCUGUGUCCGUUCCGUUUGGAAGGUUCAAGGGGAAAACGGUCACAAUUUGGGAAAUUAUCAACUCGGAGUAUUUCACUGAGGACCAGAAGAAAGAUCUCCUCCGUCAGUACAAGACGGGCAAAAUCACCAUUGAAAAGAUCAUCAAGAUUGUCAUUACUGUUGCAGAGGAGAAGGAAAAGAAGAAGGAGAUCGCUUUCGAUGGGCUGAGAUCGACUGUUCCAGCAACAGAGCUACUUGAGUCUAAAAUCAUUGAUAAGGAUUUGUACAAUGAAUUGCACAAGGGUAAGAAGUCUGUGAAGGAGGUGUCAGGUUUGGAGCCCGUCCACAAAGCGCUGAAGGGUACAGACUGCAUCGCUGGUGUGAUUGUCGAUUCAUCUAAAGAAACAAUGUCCUUCUACAACGCGAUGAAGAACGAUGUAAUGAGACCUGGUCCCGCCCUCAAUAUGCUUGAAGCCCAAGCUGGCACAGGGUAUGUGCUUGACCCCGUUGCUAACCAAAAGUACACUGUUGAUGAAGCUGUCAAAGCUGGAGUUGUUGGCCCUGAACUUCAUGAAAAGCUGCUCUCUGCUGAGAGAGCAGUUACAGGUUACAAAGACCCCUACACUGGAAAUACCGUUUCCCUGUUCCAGGCAAUGAAGAAAGCACUUAUCCCGAAAGAACAAGGAAUCCGUCUGCUGGAUGCUCAAAUGGCAACAGGUGGCAUCAUCGAUCCAGUGAAAAGCUACCACAUUCCUCAUGACCUUGCCUGCAAGCGAAAUUAUUUUGAUGAUGAAACCAAGGACAUUCUUCAAAAUCCCACUGCUGAAACCAAGUGCUUCUCUGACCCGAACACUAAAGAAAACGUCACAUACUCUGAGCUUCUAAAGAGGUGUGUCACUGACAAGAAAACAGGCGUCAAACUUCUCCCACUGUCUGAUGAUGCAAUAAAUGCAAAGGAGGAUCAGCCAUUCACCGAGGCUCAGGCCAAAGAUGCAAUGACACAAUCCACUGUGGAACUGAAUUCUGGACCUUUCAAGGGCAAGAAAAUGACAAUCUGGGAAAUAAUGAAUUCUGAAUAUCUAACCGAAGAGCAAAGGCAGGACCUGCUUCGACAAUUCAUGUCGGGAAAAAUUACAAUCGAAAAGAUACUGAAGAUUAUAAUCACAGUGGUUGAUGAAAAAGAGCUCAAGAAACAAGAGCAGUCCAGCUUUAAGGGGCUGCGAUCACCUGUCCCGGCCAAGUCUCUGCAUGAUUCCAUGAUCAUUGAUAAGACGACGUUUGACAGCCUUCAACAGGGCAAAACAACACCUAAACAAGUCAGUGAGAGUCCUAAUGUCAAGAAAUACCUCCAGGGCUCUGAUGCCAUUGCCGGUAUAUUCUUGGAGCCAAGCAAAGAGAAAGUAAGUGUUUACCAGGCGAUGAAGAAAAAGAUCAUCAGGCACAACACAGGUCUUCCACUUCUGGAGGCCCAGGCUGCCACUGGGUUUAUGGUGGAUCCUGUAAAGAACGAGUGCUUGUCAGUAGAUGAGGCCGUAAAGUCUGGCCUUGUUGGCCCUGAGCUCCAUGAAAAACUGCUCUCUGCAGAAAAGGCUGUGACUGGCUACAAAGAUCCAUUUACAGGGAACAAAAUCUCCCUCUUUGAGGCCAUGCAGAAAGAUCUGAUACUGAAAGAGCAUGCUAUGCCUCUGCUGGAAGCCCAGAUGGUUAGCGGUGGAAUCAUCGACCCUGUAAACAGUCACCGUGUCCCACUAGAUGUUGCCUACAAGAAGAACAUUUUCAGCCAGGAUGUAGCCGACGCUCUUCAUGAGCCGUCAGAUGAAAACAAGCUUUUCUCAGAUCCGGAGAGCGAUGAGAACGUAACAUACACACAGCUCAAAAACAAGUGCAAUAAAGAUCCCGAGACUGGACUUUACAUCCUGUCCCUCUCCAAACCUCAGUCCCCAACUGUUGUGGAGAAGACUUACCUGUACACAGAGGAGCAAACUCAGAGCGAUCUGGCCAACACCCAAGUUGACAUUCCAAUCGAAGGCCUUGCCGAACAAUCCACAAAUCUCUGGGAUAUAAUGAAUUCCAAUUUGCUUCCCGAGAAAGAGCGACAGAGGCUCAUGGAGGAGUACCGCUCCGGUAGCAUCACAAAAGAGCGGAUGAUCAUCAUUAUCAUUGAGAUCAUGCAGCAGACAGAGAUCGUCAGAAACGAAAAUCCACUUUCAUAUAAGACAGUCAGACGAAGGAUAACUGUGGAGGAGUUGUACAAUGCCAGAAUUAUUGAUUUGGCGAUGUAUAACCUCAUUAAAAAUGGGGAGAGAAACAUCAAUGACAUCAUUGAGAUGUCUAGUGUGAAGCAAUACCUGUAUGGCACAGGCUGCGUUGCUGGAGUUACAACUGACUCAAGUGCUAAGCUAAGCAUUUACCAAGCAAUGAAGAGAGGAUUUCUUGAACCUGAAAUCGGGCUCGGUCUCCUGGAAGCACAGGCUGCUACAGGGUACAUCAUUGACCCAGUGAAAAAUGAGACACUCACCGUCGACGAGGCUGUGCGCAAGGGUGUUGUUGGCCCCGAGAUCCAUGAUAAAUUACUCUCUGCUGAGAGGGCAGUCACAGGCUACAAAGACCCAUACAGUGGAAAAACCAUCUCACUUUUCCAAGCCAUGAAGAAGGAUCUUGUUCCAGAGGAUUAUGCUUUAAAAAUGCUGGAGGCACAAACUGCCACUGGAGGCAUCAUUGAUCCUGAAUAUCAGUUCCACUUGCCAGCAGACACUGCGACACAGAGAGGAUAUAUCAACAAAGAAACCAAUGAGAAGCUGGCUGAAAGUGUGAAAGGCUUUGUUGACCCCGUCACUGAGGAGAACCUGUCAUAUGCCCAGCUCCUCAAGAGAUGCAAGGUAGAAGGAGGGUUGCGCCUUCUGUCUCUUGGAGACAAGCGGUUGAUGUUUAAGGGGUUGAGAAAACAGAUCACAAUGGAAGAACUUAUCCGCUCUCAGAUUAUUGACCAGAAGACAGUGAGUGAGUUGAAUGAGGGUCUUGUUUCAGUUGAGGAAGUGAGCAACAGGUUGUCAAGAUAUCUCGAGGGCACAAGCUGCAUUGCCGGUGUUUUCCUGGAGUCCACCAAGGAACGUCUAUCAAUUUACCAGGCAAUGAAGAAAAACAUGAUUAGGCCGGGCACUGCCUUUGAACUUCUGGAGGCUCAGGCAGCAACGGGCUAUGUCAUCGAUCCAAUCAAAAACCUAAAACUUACGGUGCACGAAGCUGUUAAAAUGGGAAUUGUUGGGCCAGAAUUCAAAGACAAGCUUCUGUCAGCUGAAAGGGCAGUAACGGGAUACAGAGAUCCUUAUUCUGGGAAAACCAUCUCACUCUUCCAGGCCAUGAAGAAGGGUCUCAUCCUGAAAGAUCACGGCAUCCGUCUCCUCGAGGCUCAAAUUGCUACUGGAGGAAUCAUUGAUCCAGAGGAAAGCCAUCGUGUGCCAGUUGAGGUUGCCUACAACCGUGGCUUCUUUGAUGAAGAGAUGAAUGAAAUCUUGACAGAUCCGUCUGAUGACACCAAAGGAUUCUUUGACCCCAACACCGAAGAAAACCUCACGUACCUUGGGCUUAUGGAGAAGUGUAUCACUGAUCCAGACACCGGCCUGGUGCUACUGCUUCUGAAAGACAAGAAGCGUGAAAGAAAAACAUCCUCCAAAUCUUCCGUUCGAAAGCGGCGAGUUGUGAUUGUGGACCCCGACACUGGCAGAGAAAUGACUGUGUACGAGGCCUACCGAAAGGGUCUGAUCGAUCAGCAAACCUACUUAGAGCUUGCUGAACAGGAAUGUGAAUGGGAAGAGGUGACAAUGACCUCUUCCGAUGGCACAGUCAAGUCUAUUAUCAUUGACCGGAGGUCUGGAAGGCAGUAUGACGUUGAAGACGCUCUUGCCAGAGGCCUGAUUGACCAAAAUUCUCUUGAAACCUACCGUUCUGGAAACCUGUCCAUCACAGAAUUUGCUGAUAUGCUCUCUGGGAAUGUUGCCGGUGGACGGUCCCGAUCAUCCUCCUUUGGUUCCACCUCUGGAUCCUCCUACUCAACUUCAAGCCCUCUGCCUAACAUUAAACCGCCAGCAGUCUUUUGGAACGACCCGACGGAAGAGACGGGGCCUGUUGCUGGAAUCCUUGACAUCGACACGUUAGAGAAAGUGUCCAUCACAGAGGCCAUUCACAGAAGUCUCGUCGAUAACAUUACCGGCCAGAGAUUGUUGGAGGCUCAAGCCUGCACUGGAGGAAUAAUUGAUCCUUCCACCGGGGAGAAAUUCUCGGUCACAGAUGCUGCCGAAAAGGGACUUGUGGAUAAGGUUAUGGUUGAUCGGCUCAAUCUCGCUCAGAAAGCAUUUAAAGGUUUCGAGGACCCUCGCACAAAACUAAGGAUGUCCGCUUCCCAAGCUCUUAAAAAAGGCUGGUUGUACUACGAGGCCGGCCAGCGUUUCCUUGAAGUCCAGUAUCUUACUGGUGGGCUUAUUGAGCCAGAUGUGGAGGGAAGAGUACCCCUAGAUGAAUCAAUCAGGAAGGGAACCAUCGACGCCCGCACGGCCCAGAAACUAAGAGAUGUCACGUCCUAUUCCAAAUACCUGACCUGUCCCAAAACCAAACUCAAAAUCUCAUUCAAAGAGGCCAUGGACAAAAGCAUGAUUGAAGAAGGGUCCGGCUUAAGGCUUCUGGAGGCCUCGUCGCAGUCCAGCAAAGGCCUCUACAGUCCCUACAAUGCCAGUGGCCCCGGAUCUGCAUACGGAUCGAGAACAGGCUCCAGGACUGGCUCUCGAUCGGGUUCUCGCAGAGGCAGCAUUGACGCUGGCUUCAGCAUGACCUUCUCAUCCUCAUCCUUCACAUCCUCCUCAUCUGGCUAUGGCCGAAGAUUUUGAUUAGCCAGUUUAGUAUCUGCUCACUUUUUUUUAAAACCAGUAACACAACUUUUAUUGUUGCAUUUCUUAGGAAUAAUCACAAUUAACAAGGAAAUUAUAAUUUAUUUAUUCUGCUUUGCAUGUGGUCGCAUCCAGCUUUUGCUGCACAGUUUCCUUUGCUAUAAUGUGCUUCAGUUUUGGAGAUGUACCCGGUAUAUGCAACAAAUGGAGUGUACACUUUUCAAAUGUUUUUUAAAGCUAUGCAUGAUAUUUUUAAUUUGAUUAUGUAGUUUUUAAUUUUGCACCUGUUGUAUACUCUAUUGUAUGGUUUUACAGUAUUCCUUCCUUGUUGAAUGGACAACUAAGAAAGUGUGUUUAUUUUGUUUUAAGACACUACUUUAUGAGAUACUGUACAUCAACAAGGCUCUAAUAUUUGACACAGAUUAUAUAUCAAAUGCAGAGUUGCCUUCAAAGAGUUUAUUUCUUCAUAUGAAAUGGAUGAAGCUCAUGUCUUUUUUUUUUUUUUUUUGACUUUUUGUUCUCUUUGCCAUCGUUUGCCUGGGUGUUAUAUGUCGGGGUAUCAGCAGCACACUUGAGGAAAUUGAACACUAGAGGAAUAUAACACUGAAAACAAUUAAUAAAUUUGCAGAAAUGAUUUUCAAAUUCGUCUUGUUUUGUCAAUUCAUUGGAGCCACUCAAAGUAAUUCAAGUAAAGGUCUUGAAUUCCGUAUACUCACCAUCAGUAAAGUGUCGUCGAAAAUGUGCAUUGAUGAUGAUGAUGAUGUCUGCAUGGUUUCUGUCCCAACCCACCCAUUCCGACCGUCAGAUCAUCAUUUCACUUGUUGUAAGUUAUUUUGUUCUUUUAGUGUUUAUUCUUUGCUGAAUACUUUUGUUACCUAGAUAAAAACAUCACUAAGCAUUUUAAGUCAUGUGAGUGUCCUGAAUUGACUGUUCUGAAUUUGUUUUUUUAACAGCUGCCUCAGACCUCCAGAAUCAUAGGCAACGAUAUGACUCCCGGUUAUAACGCCCCCUUCAUGGAUGGAUAUGCAAGGCCAAGUGUUGCCCAGAUGUCGCUCACAUGCCUCUUGAUCCAUUGCUCGCCUCAUUUGAAGGAUUUUUGUGUCGCAUCUACACCUCAUCAUUUGGCGUCAUUCUUUGGCAAACUUUCAGACUAUUUUCUUUUUUCUUUGUAUUUUCAAGCCAUAUGUUGUAAAUGUAUUUUUAAAUCUAACAUUUUUUCUUUUUUCAGCUGUUGCUAAACAUGAAAGUUUCUCGAAUAUGUUCAUAUUUUCUUUAUACAUUUGCAACUUUUGAAAUGUAAUGUUUCAGUUUAUUGUCCUGCAUUUCUUUUAUUUUUACUGCACAAUUUUCUUUUUUUAAUGUUGACAUUGCAUGGCCACGUUGCCUUUUAUGGAUGAAUGUUAAAAUAUAACCAAGUCUGCUUCCCUCAGAAACAUGUUGUUUUGAAUAAAUGUUUGAACAACUGGUCAUGUUGCCUUUCAUUUUUUAUUUAUUUAUUUAUUUUUUGCUUCAUAAACCAUUCAUUGUGUGCCGUGUGUGCGGCGGGUGCCAUUGUGGAUACCUGUACAUGACCAUUUGGAUGGCUGGCCACACGAGGGCAGUGUCGAGCUGAUAUGUACAGAAAACAUUUUGUAUCCUGGUACAUUUCCUCUCAUCA